AUGGUGGACAAGCUUUGGAGAAAAAGUUGGCAGUUUCUGGAAUACAGGCGCUCUGUUCGCAGCAAGCGGGCGGCUUCGUGUAGUGUAGAAUGUAAGAGUGACGUGGAAGGGGAUGGCAGGCCUAACGACAGCGGGCCUUCCCUGGACGGAGGUGCGGGCUACAGCCAGAGCCCGGUGACGCACGGUUCAGCCAUCAGCCCGGACCGAUACGACAGCCCCCUCUACAGCCACGGAGGGGUGCAGCCGGGCCCACAGAGACCCCGUCGGGCCAAGCUCCAGCACUCCCAGUCUAUCCUCCGCAAGCAGGCAGAGGAGGAGGCCAUCAAGCGCUCGCGGUCGCUGUCUGAGAGCUAUGAGCUGUCCGCUGACCUGCAGGACAAGCAGGUGGAGAUGCUGGAGCGCAAAUAUGGCGGCCGCUUCAUAACGCGACAUGCCGCCCGCACCAUCCAGACGGCGUUCCGGCAGUAUCAGAUGAACAAGAACUUUGAGCGACUGCGGAGCUCUAUGUCCGAAAACCGCAUGUCCCGCCGCAUCGUCAUGGCCAACAUGAAAAUGCAGCUAUCGUUUGAGGGCCCCGAGAAGGUUCACCGCUCUUAUUUCGAGGGCCGUCAAGUGUCCAUGACCGAAGACGGGAGCCCCCUCACCAUGCAGGAGUGCGGGGACAUGGACCGAAGGCAACACCAGCCCAACAUGGCGGCCCACCCAGUGCAGCAGGCGGACCUCACGGACGCCAUCACGGAGCUGGAGGACGCCUUUUCCAGACAGGUCAAAUCUUUAGCCGAAUCCAUAGACGAUGCACUAAAUUGCCGGAGUCUCCAAGGCGACGAAGGCCCGGACCCCGAGUCUAUGGGGUGCGCCGAAGUGCCCCGCGACGCACCGUACCAGUCGCACCGCCGGACCGGGGGGCGUAUGCACGACGAGACCAUGGCGUACAGCGACGUCACCUUGUUCAUCGACGAGGAGGACAUGACGCGGCCGAUCGCGCUCCGGUCCGGGGAGCAGCAGUCUAGCACGGAGUCGGACCUGAGGUUGCGCUCGGUCAACUCGUCGCAGGAGUACUGGCCAAUGGACCCCAAGGACGACGGGCGCGACACGGACACGAGCUGCCGGAGCACGCCCUCGCUGGAGUGUCAGGAGCAGCGUCUGCGCAUGGACCACCUGCCUCUGCUGACCAUAGAGCCGCCCAGUGACAGCUCCGCGGAGUUGAGCGACCGGUCUGAUCGAGGGUCCGUGAAGAGGCCGCCGGUGUACGAGCCGCACGGGCACAUCGUCACGUCCUCGCAGGCCAGCCCCAAACACAUCUCCCACGGGCCGCCGCCAAGAGCCCCCCCGCGGGAAGAUGACGCUCCCUUACGCCAUCGUCACCGGCAACUGGAGAGCCACCUGGCCAUCAACGGCUCGGCGAAUCGGCAGAGCAAGUCGGAGUCGGACUUCUCUGAUGGCGACAACGACAGCAUCAACAGCACGUCCAACUCCAACGAUACCAUUAACUGUAGCUCGGAAUCGUCGUCGCGGGACAGUCUCCGAGAGCAGACGCUGAGCAAGCAGACGUACCACAAGGAGACGCGGAACAGCUGGGACUCGCCCAUCUUCAGCAACGACGUCAUCCGGAAGAGGCACUACCGCAUCGGCCUCAACCUGUUCAACAAGAAGCCGGAGAAGGGCAUCCAGUACCUGACGGAGCGGGGCUUCAUCCCGGACACACCUGUGGGCGUGGCACACUUCCUGCUGCAGAGGAAAGGCCUGAGUCGACAGAUGAUCGGAGAGUUCCUCGGCAACAGGCAGAAACAGUUCAACAGAGACGUCUUGGACUGUGUGGUGGAUGAGAUGGACUUUCAAAGCAUGGAGCUGGACGAGGCCCUCAGGAAGUUCCAGAACCACAUCAGAGUCCAGGGAGAGGCCCAGAAGGUGGAGCGCCUCAUCGAAGCCUUCAGUCAGCGAUACUGCAUCUGUAACCCCACCGUGGUACGGCAGUUCCGGAACCCUGACACCAUCUUCAUCCUGGCCUUCGCCAUCAUCCUCCUCAACACAGACAUGUACAGCCCCAACGUCAAGCCGGAGCGCAAGAUGAAGCUGGAGGACUUCAUCAAGAACUUAAGAGGUGUGGAUGACGGCGAGGACAUUCCCAGAGAGAUGCUCGUGGGCAUUUAUGAACGGAUCCGGAAGAGAGAACUGAAGACCAACGAGGACCACGUGUCCCAGGUGCAGAAAGUAGAGAAACUCAUCGUGGGAAAGAAACCGAUUGGGUCCCUCCAUCACGGCCUUGGCUGCGUGCUGUCCCUUCCCCAUCGCCGCCUGGUGUGCUACUGUCGCCUCUUUGAAGUGCCAGACCCCAACAAAGUGCAGAAACUGGGCCUGCAUCAGCGGGAGAUCUUCCUCUUCAACGACCUCCUAGUGGUGACAAAGAUCUUCCAGAAAAAAAAGAAUUCGGUCACGUACAGCUUCAGACAGUCCUUCUCUCUGUACGGGAUGCAGGUCAUGCUGUUUGAGAAUCAGCAUUACCCCAACGGAAUCCGGCUCAUGUCGGCCAUCCCCGGGGCCGACACCAAAGUCCUCAUCAACUUCAACGCACCCAACCCGCAGGACCGCAAGAAGUUCACAGACGAUCUGCGGGAGUCCAUCGCUGAGGUGCAGGAGAUGGAGAAGUACAGGAUAGAGUCCGAGUUGGAGAAGCAGAAGGGUGUGGUCCGGCCCAGCAUGUCCCAGAGCUCCGGCCUGAAGAAGGACACGGGGAACGGCAGCAUGAACCGGGCCAGCCUGGACGACACUUACGCCAUGGGGGAGGGCCUGAAGAGGAGCGCCCUGAGCAGCUCCCUCCGAGACCUGUCCGAAGCAGGCAAGCGGGGGCGUCGCAGCAGUGCAGGAUCACUAGACAGCAAUAUGGAAGGGUCCAUCAUUAGCAGCCCGCACACGCGACGGAGAGCCACGACUCCACGCGACGGCACACCGCGAGGCCAGCAACCGCCGCAACCGCCGCCAAUGCCCAACUCCAGCUCCAUCCUGGGUUCUCUAUUCGGCAGCAAGCGCGCCAAGACGCCGUCGUCCUCGUCCCACCACGCUCCCCCCGCGACCGUACCCCCGCCGGGACACCCCACCCUCAUCUCGCACAAGCCGCACCCUACCAACCUGCACCACACCGCGCAAGCCCCGCACCACGGCCACCACCCGCAGUUCUGUCAGGUCCCGCAGAACCCGCCCCCCUACCACCACCACCACCACUACCACCCGCCCCCGCACACGCAGUACCACCACCAGUCGCAGCACCCGGGCUACGGGUCGUCCCCCUCGGCGCACCCGCCUCCACACCCGCAUUACAGAGAGCACGGGGCGCAUCACAGAGAGCACGCCACACACCACCACAGCCAGCCGUCCAGCUCAAGCGCGCCCAAACCCAAACACAGUGGAAUCAGCACCGUAGUGUGA